AGACUGUGGUCUGAGGAGGAGACACAGCCUUAUAAGCUGAGGGAGUGGAGAGGCCCGGGGCCAGGAAAGCAGAGACAGACAAAGCGUUAGGAGAAGAAGAGAGGCGGGGAAGACAAGCCAGGCACGAUGGCCACCUUCCCACCAGCAACCAGCGCCCCCCAGCAGCCCCCAGGCCCGGAGGACGAGGACUCCAGCCUGGAUGAAUCUGACCUCUACAGCCUGGCCCAUUCCUACCUCAGAGGCGGAGGCCGGAAAGGUCGCACCAAGAGAGAAGCUGCUGCCAACACCAACCGCCCCAGCCCUGGCGGGCACGAGAGGAAACUGGUGACCAAGCUGCAGAAUUCAGAGAGGAAGAAGCGAGGGGCACGGCGCUGAGACAGAGCUGGAGAUGAGGCCAGACCACGGACACUACACCCAGCAAUAGAGACGGGACUGCGGAGGAAGGAGGACCCAGGACAGGAUCCAGGCCGGCUUGCCACACCCCCCACCCCUAGGACUUAUUCCCGCUGACUGAGUCUCUGAGGGGCUACCAGGAAAGCGCCUCCAACCCUAGCAAAAGUGCAAGAUGGGGAGUGAGAGUCUGGGAAUGGAGGGGCAGAGCCAGGAAGAUCCCCCAGAAAAGAAAGCUACAGAAGAAACUGGGGCUCCUCCAGGGUGGCAGCAACAAUAAAUAGACAUGCACGGCA